UUAUAUAUCCUGCAAAUUUAACAAAACCUGGAUUUUCAGUCUCAGAUUGCUUUGUUCCGUGUUUCACAACCAGAACCCUAAAAUCUAGCUCCAGUUUCCAUUCGGAGUUUUAUUGUGACGCACCGUCACAAGAAUAACCGAUGUUUGGGUAUUCCAAUGUGACCAUUGUGUGGCUUGACAUCAUGAGGAUGGACUUUUUAUGAGAAUAACAUUGGUAGCUUUGAGCAGCAUAGUGUCCCAUCAUGUUGCCAGGGGAAGUACGUCACUCAGUCCCUCUGUGGCGCUCUGCUUUGGCCUCUGGCUGCUUGCAGUGUGAGGCAGGGCCAGGGAGAUGGCUGCUGAGACAGGUCCUGAGGAGAGCCUACACCUCCACAAGAGCAAGGCAGGCUGCAGCAGGGGACAGUGCCCCUGUGUUUUCCAGAGCCCAAGUGUACCGGGACAAGCUGGCCAUAGUGGACGACAGUGGGAGCCACAGCUAUAGGGACUUGUACGGCAGUAGUAGGGGCCUGGCUGGGCGUAUCAAGGCAGCUCUGGACUGUCCCUCUGGGGACCUGCAAGGGAAGCGCAUCUCCUUCCUGUGCGCCAACGAUGCCUCGUACACGGUAGCCCAGUGGGCAUCCUGGAUGUGUGGCGGCACGGCCGUGCCUCUCUACAGGGAGCACCCUCCGUCUGAGCUGGAGUACAUCAUCUCUGACUCCCAGAGCUCCCUGCUGGUGGCUGGGCAGCCGUACGCAGACACCAUGGAGCCCCUCGCCCACAGACUGGGACUGCCCUACCUGCAGCUGCCCCCCACCUCCAGCCUCAGCUCCCUGCUGGAAGCCCCAGAGAACCAGCCUGAGCCUGGCAUCACAGACUGGGCCCAGCGUCCUGCCAUGAUCAUCUACACCAGCGGCACCACAGGCAGGCCCAAAGGGGUUCUCCACACUCACAGCAACAUUCAGGCCAUGGUUCAGGGUCUGGUGUCAGAGUGGGGCUGGUCCAGAGAUGAUGUCAUCCUUCACACCUUGCCCCUGCACCACGUCCACGGCAUCGUCAACAAGCUGCUCUGCCCUCUCUGGGUGGGUGCCACCACCGUCAUGCUGCCUACCUUCCAGCCUCAGAAGGUAUGGGAGGUCCUGCUCAGCUCCAAGGCUCCUAUGGUGACUGUGUUCAUGGCUGUUCCAACCAUCUACUCCAAGCUGAUCCAGCACUAUGAGCAGCACUUCACCCAGCCACGCGUCCAGGACUUUGUCAGGGCUGCCUGCAAGGAGAGAAUCAGGCUGAUGGUGUCUGGCUCGUCCGCCCUGCCCCAGCCCACCCUGCUACGCUGGGAGGAGAUCACAGGACACACCCUGUUGGAACGCUACGGCAUGACAGAGAUAGGCAUGGCCCUGUCCAACCCCCUGAAGGGUCCUCGCAUCCCAGGUGCAGUCGGUGUCCCUCUUCCAGGAGUGGAGGUUCGCAUUGUCAUGACGAACGCAACCAGCACCACCAUCGCCGAGGGCAACAGCAGAGAAACUCAGGUGCGUCCAGGGUUGGAGGGGAAGGAGGGGGAGCUGAUGGUGCGAGGAGACCAGGUCUUCACAGAGUACUGGAACAAACCAGAGGCCACCAGGGAGUCUUUCACUGAGGAUGGCUGGUUCAAAACGGGGGACACAGCGGUCUAUAAGAAUGGAGUGUACUGGAUCAUGGGCCGCACCUCAGUGGACAUCAUAAAGAGUGGAGGCUAUAAGAUCAGUGCUCUGGAGGUGGAGCGACACCUGCUAGCCCACCCUGAUAUCACAGAUGUGGCUGUGAUUGGUGCUCGGGACGCCACCUGGGGACAGAAGGUGACAGCGGUGGUGCAGCUGAAGAGGGGGCGGAGCAUGACCCUGUCAGAGCUGAAGACCUGGGCCAGAGAGCACAUGGCUCCAUAUACCAUCCCUACAGGCCUGGUCCUUGUGGAGGAGAUGCCAAGGAACCAGAUGGGGAAGGUCAACAAGAAGGACCUACUCAAGCACUUCUUCCCCAGCUAACUAGUAGAGAAGCCUGCACCUCCUUCACGGCCCACCUCCUCCACGACACCUCCUUCCAGCAGGAGCAGAGACCCUCCUCAUACUACAGUAAACCAUCGAGAUGAGCUCCAAGUGACUGACUCACCAGACAGUGGUCUGGGGAAGAAUGAAGAGACCUCAUUGAGGAUCCCACUAACUACACCACUGACCCCACUCAGCUCUGAGUUACCGUAGGACUGUUCACUGCUGGGCCUGGAGGCACUGAGCUCAACAGUGCUGUCUUACACGUGAUUAAACUGCUGUGGAGAUAUAUUUAGUUUGGCUGCUAUGACAGAGAACUGAUUUAAUACGAUAAGGCUGCGGUGCCUUCUUUAAAGACUGAGUGCUGCGAUCAUUAGCAUGACUGGGGAUCAUGGCAUGAAUAAUUAUGCCAACACACAAGUACAUUAAGAAACCGUGAAAAUGAUAAGAGCAGCAAGAGAUCCUUGACAUUAUACACAGUAGAAGAGAGGGGAGUACAGUGCAUUCUUAAAUUGCUUAUAAUUACAAUCCAGAUGGAUACCCUUGAAUUGGCAAUGAAGUUUAUUUUAAUGUAAUAAAAUGGAUGAUGUAUGGAAAGGCC